CUGUCGGGUCGAGGGCGCGCAUCUUCGUGCACCUGGAGCAGAACUGCAUUGAGCGCAGAUGAGGAGGAGCAGCGGGAUGGCAGUGAGGAGGCGAAACGCAAUCGAUCGGUGAUGAUCAGGGUCGACAAUCCAUGAAUAAAUCCACGUUGACGUGAAGAGACAAUCUGACCUCGCGUGUAUGGUGCUGCUUGUGGACUGCGAGACGGGCGCGCUGUGGUCCAGGUGAGAGCCGUUGCUUGAGCUAAAUGAGUCGGUCAGUCAGGAAGGAAGAGGCGAAGUCAAAUGGGACACAAAAGCCAUGGAGGUCAAAGGACAACUCAUUUCAGCACCUGCCCCUCUCACAUUUUGUGACAGGAAGCAGAAGGAACACAUGUUGGCUCUACAAGAGAAGAGACGGAGCCUGCAGGCGCUGCUCACCGUCCGAUUGGCUGAGCUGAGGCAUGUGUGUCUGCAGGAGGCGGUGCUGACUGGUACGCUGCCCAGUGACUUCCCCCUGGUAACGGGGGAGAAACUCCCCUGUGUGAGGCACAGAGGAGGGACGUCCCGUCAAGUCAACAGGAAGUACAGAGCAAAGGAAGAAGAUAGUGCACAUGUGAGGAGUACAAAAACGUUAUUCAGUGGCACACAGAGAAAACACAAUCACCAUGAACAGUACACACAAGCACAACAUGGCAAGAUGACUGUGCACAGAGGCUGCCACACUGACGAUGCCGUGAGAUGUGAGAGCAACUCCACAUUGGACUCUACUGGAGAUGACAGUGAGGAGUUCAAACAACUGUGUCGCCCCCCAUUGGUUACAGGUGUUUCUCCAGUGGAGGUUUACUGUCACAACAAACCCAGGAUGAGUUCAGUGUGCAUCAGGUCUGAGAAUCCUCAGAAUCAUCAGAGCCACAGAUCCCUCCUUCAGCCUCAUGCCCAACCACAUUCCCACAUCAGCUCAUCAUCUGCAUGCCCUUUAGAGUCUGUAGUUUUGGGGGAGGCCAAAGUGUGCGCAACACUCCGUCCCAAUGACAGCUUAGAUGGGCUGCUGGACGGUCCGGCCUCACUCGAGAAGGGACAGCAGGGUCAGAUGUGGUUAAACAGUUUCACGGGGUCCCAGGCGGCAAAUACCAGGCCGACUGCGAGAAGAGGGCGUGGCUACAGUAAUCUAUUGCUGGACUACGUGUUGAGCAAACAGUGGCAGCCGCCUCAGCCAAUCACCUACCAGCAGCCUCCAGGAGCUCCACCCACCUACCAGGUGCACAUGGGCGAGCAACGGCAUGUCAAAGUGACACGAACCAAAUCUUGUGGCCCUUUCCUGCCCGUGCCGCACGUCCAGCUGCACUCCCAACCCCACCUAACCCCCUCCCAGCUGGCCGCUGCCCAGGAUGCACAGCUAGAGGACGCUACCAGGAGCCUCCACAAGACUCUAGCUCUGGAAGGUCUGAGGGAUUGGUUCCUGAGGAAUACCAUUGGCCCCUCACGCACUAAUCAAAAUGAUGAAAAGCUUAAGGCUCAGUUAGGAGGAGCUCUGCAGCAUCGAUGGACGACUCAAGUUGUCCUCAUGCGGGCGGAGACGAGGCCUAGUGGCCAACUACCUCACUCCGUAAGCUUCCAUGGACAGUCGCUACACGGCAGGUCUGUGAAUAGCUCACUCUAUCUUGACCCUGCCCCUUCAGGAAAACAUGUAGAUCCCUCCAUGGAAGUGUCUUUGGAGCAAACAUCACCAGAAACUCUGGUCUGAUGAGCAUGCCAGUUGAUGGUUCACUUGGUGAUCCAAUGUGUGGUCACGCAGAGAAUCAGAAUGUCUGCUGUUCAAGUAAUCAAUGACAUCCUUCAGGAAGAAACUCAGUUUUCGCAAUUUCCCACAAACCAAACGUUGAGAAGAAAAGAAGCAAUAAUUAAGUUGAAGAGGUUUUCUUUUACCUAUAGUCCGGAUGUCACUGUUGGAUGACGUCAUUGACUCAGGCAAAUCUAAUAACACUAAGAUGAUGACCUUUUAUUCUAGCAAUAAGAUGUCAAAGUGAGAAUAACUUUUAAUCAACUGCUGUGACAAUCACCUUAUCAAUAAAUUGAUCCAGUGAAUGUUGA